AUGAGUACUGCAGGAAAGAUUAUUAAAUGCAAGGCAGCUGUAGCCUGGGCCCCAAAUCAGCCACUGGCAAUAGAGGAGAUUGAGGUACAACCACCAAAAACAGAUGAAGUUCGGAUUAAGAUGGUAAGCACAGCAAUAUGUCGGACAGAUGACCAUGCAAUCCAUGGUACUUUUGCAGGGUUACAUUUUCCAAUUAUUUUGGGCCAUGAAGGAGCUGGAAUAAUUGAAAGUGUUGGAAAAGGUGUGACUGGAUUAAAACCAGGUGAUAAAGUAAUUCCACUUUGUCUUCCUCAAUGUGGAAAGUGCAGUUCUUGCCUAAAUCCAAAAAGUAAUUAUUGCUUUAAGACUCAUUUUUAUGAAUCACAGAAUGUAAUGCCUGACAAAACACCAAGGUUUUCAUGCAAAGGAAAAGCUGUAUAUCACUUUCUUUGGACCAGCACCUUUUCGGAAUAUAUUGUGAUGCCUACUGAUGCAGUAGCAAAGAUUGAUGACAGAGCACCCAUGGAGAAGGUCUGUCUUUUUGGAUGUGGCUUUCCUACCGGAUACGGAGCAGCUGUCAAUACUGCCAAAGUGGAGCCUGGUACUACUUGUGCUGUAUUUGGAUUGGGUGCCAUUGGGCUGUCGGUCAUUAUUGGAUGUAAAGUUUCUGGAGCAUCAAAAAUGAUUGCUAUAGAUAUAAACAGCAGCAAGUUUGAAAAGGCAAAGCUGUUUGGAGCCACUGACUGUAUUAAUCCCAAUGAUUAUAGCAAGCCAAUCCAGGAGGUGAUCACUGAAAUGACAGGACAUGGAGUGCAUUAUUCCUUUGAAUGCAUCGGCAAUACUGAUGUAAUGAAAGCAGCACUGGAGUGUACUCAUCCAGGAUAUGGGACCAGUGUGAUUAUAGGUGAAGCUCCACAGGAUAAAAAGAUCACAUUUGAUCCUCUUCUGCUCCUUACAGGACGCACAUGGAAAAGCUCUCUAAUUGGAGGUUUUAAAACUAUGGAUUCCAUGGCAGGCAUAAUAGAUGUGGAUGGUUUAGAGACUCAUACUUUGCCGUUUACCCAAAUAAAUGAAGGAUUUCAACUUCUAAGAUCUGGGAAAAGCAUCCGCACAGUCUUGUUAUUCUAAAUUGAAGACAUUGUUGGUAUCUUGGAAU